CAUAGUGGUUUUAUAACCUUGAAAGAUUAAAUUUAUCAGAGUGAAAAAAGUCAGGUUUUACAAAAUUACAAAAUUUGUAUCAUUUUGAUUUUUCAAUCAACAAAUUGUGACUACUAGUAUUGCUGAGUUUGUAAUCCAUGAGUUUUAUUCCUACCCACAUUUAACUUACGCUGUGAGGUUUUCAGCAGUCGAAUGAAAUAAUUUCUUACCUGCAGGCUGCAAAAUUAUUUCUGUAUCAUAAUCAUGUUUAAUUCUAAUAAUUCUCAUAUUUUUAAUUUUGGCAGUGCAUUAUUUACAUGAUCCAUUACUAAUAAAAAUGAUCCUCAAAAAGAUCACUUGAUUGGUAGCGAUACCAUAAGAUGAAUAAUACACUGUAGCUACUUGUGGUUCUUAAAGGAAACUAAUUUUGUCUACUCUACUGCUAAAAAUACAUACAGAAGUCUUUAUGGCUGCUGUUUAAUGGCAAAAUGGUUAGAAUGUGUGUUUAUUACUAGUUUACCAUGUUUUAUUUAACUUGGAAGAUCUUGCUUAGAGUGUUUCCUUUGUGUACAUUGUAUUCUUUACAUAAUGAAUUUAAUGUUUUCAAAUGAUGUUUUUUUCAUGAUGUUUCCAAUUUGUGGCUUUCACACUUGCACUACUUUGUACUACUACUAACAUUAUUUUGUUUGUGAGCGUCCUUAGUUAAAAAUGUAAUGCAUGUUACACAUUGAAAUGCAUGUUACGCAUUACUCACGUGUACCAAGGGUUGGUCUAAAUGCGCCUUCCAAAAAUAGUAUGUAUCUCACAGAACUUAAACCAAAUUUCACCGGUCUUGGCAGAUUGGAUUUGGUUUUUGUAAUGCUCUCUUGUGGUCAUGGUAUAUUUUUUAAAACUAAGGAAGUCUCAGACUCAGAGAAGGGAUAUUUGAUUUGAAAACUCUCAGAAAGUUUCAAAUACAUUAGUUACUGUGUCAGCUUUAAUGAUCAAAUUUGAAUGCUUGGUGGCUCCCGUUUUACAUUUAGUAACUUUCACCCUCUCUUCUGUUCUUUACAUUUUGUGGCAAAUUUAACCCCAUCACUUGCCUGCCAUACAAAACGCAACUUCUUUCAAAUAUGGUUUUGGUUGUUAAUUGAGCAAUGUUUCACUUGGACAACCUUCUGAUAUAGUUUUGCCAUAACACUCUACUGUUCAAGGUGUUUUAAAUACCCCAUAACAGGUUUUUUUUCCCCUAAACCAGUCUCUGGUUUUCAAUUUUUGAACCUCCUACUGUUUACAAACAACCCAGGAAGUACAUGAACGCCCACUUGUUCCAAUGGGGAAGUUGGUCUCCCACUGACUUGGACAUACUAAAACCUGGCACCAUUGCUGUCAUUUUUGUACGUAAGGCAAGUAGCCAAGUUUGUUAAAAAUGUCAGGUUUUAAAACUCUGAUAAAUCUGGUAUGUGACAGCUUUGAGCGUUGUUAAUCUCACCUGAUGGAGAAACCCCCCAAGCACAGGUAAAAGCAGGUAAAAGUAAUGUAACUGGUUCAUUUUAUGGGUGUGGCACAUUCUGUAAAUACAGAAUUAUGUUGACUAUGUGAUCUCUGCAUAUAAACAUUAACCAGAGAUCCAUCAAAACCCCACAAGGAUUUGAUAUAGCAGAUUAGAGAAAAUCAGCCCCUUCAUUAAAUGAUUUUGCCAUGACAAACCUAGUAGCACCCUCCCCUCCCCUAUUACUACCUACCUCAGAAUCCAUGCUUUUUUCAAACAUUGCAGUGUUCUUGCAGCAUAACGAAACUGGAUGUACAAAAUUGCGAUUUUCAGGUGUUCGCAAUACAAUUCUCCCGACAACCCGGUAAAAUUUGUCCUGAUAGUCAGCUGAUGACUGUUUCAAGCGGAGUUGCAGUACUGCAGAGGACUGGUAACUAAACUAUUUUGAGCCUCCCAAUUGCAUAGGUCAUCGGUAAUAUUCAUGAAAGGAUGCGUCACGGUAUUUGCGCAUAGAGAUCAAAGAUGGCGGCGGAAGUUUGACAGGUCGAGUUCAAAGUGAUUAAGAGCGAUUAAAGAGAGCAUGUUAUCAUGGAGUACGGAUAAAAAAUAAACCACAUCAAAGAUUCUGCUGUAGAGUAAAGGAAGAUGAACUUCGGCGAAGAGGAACUUCAGGCGUUACUGUUUCAAUGCGAACAGGCAUUAUUUACACUGUAUAGUGGACAGGAUCAUGCAAACAGAGACACCGCUCACAAAUGGUUACUGGCCACACAGAAAUCACAACAUGCUUGGCAACUGUGUUGGCGACUCAUGCAAAGUGACAAGCCUCCUGAAAUUCAGUUUUUUGGUGCUUCAAUGCUUCACUUCAAGAUUUCUAAGAACUGGAAUGAGCUACAAGAAGAACACUACAAUGAUCUACGCUCAGAACUGUUCAAGCACAUUUUCAUGCUUUCAUCUGGGCCAAGAAUUGUUCUGACAAGACUUUGCGUUGCACUUGUUUCAUUUGCUCUCCACUCCAUGCCAGAACAUUGGUCAAAUGCAGUAAGUGACAUCAUAAACACACUCCAGAAUGCAAGAAACUCAUCACAGAAUGGUGUUUGGCCUAUGGUCAUGCUUGAGGUCCUUACUGUGCUGCCAGAGGAGUUUCAUUCAGAAGAGUUUGUCCCAGGAAGAAAGAUAACUCUGAGAGGAGAACUGCAGGCUGGAGUCUCACAAGUUCUUCAAGUAAUUCACCAGAAUGUGUCAUCAUCACAGCCAGUACAAGUGCGACAACAGGCACUGAAAUGUUUGAUUAGCUGGGUGCAGUUUGGAGUAACAAUCACUGAGGUUGAUGAUGUCUUACCUCAGGUGUUUGAGUCAGUUCUCAAUCCUGAGUUAUUUGACACAAGUGUGGACUUGAUGGUCGAGGUCGCCACUCAUCCAUCUGGAAUAAAGUAUCCCAGUUACAUGUGGAAAUUUGUCUCCAGUGUAUUGAGGCUUGGUGAGACAUUGAGGUCUGCGUUACAAUCAGGAGACACGGACGCAUCAAGAGGUUUAUGCCGAGUCAUGGUCUCAUUAGCUGAGACACAUCUUAAAUUGUUGCUGUCAGCUGACACGGGAGAAAGAGAAUUACAAGGAUUUACACUUGUUCAGUUGUUACUGGUGAGGAUGGAAAGAGUUGUUAAAUUUCUAAAGAUAAAGAAGUCAAGGGAUUGGAAUUUCCUUGGGNGCUCUCUAAGACCAAAACAUUUAAAGAAAUGUAUCAAACUCAACUGGAAUUUCCCGAGGGGAUUGGGGGGUCUUCCAUGGGGUGGGAGGGUCUUCCAUACCUCCCCCUUCCAUGGGGGAGGUAUGGAUAUUUUCUGGAAUUACACAUUAUUAAACAAAAUAUGGCUGAAUUAUUUUGGUUUCAAAGCUACUUACAAUAUUAAUAGCAGUCCAGUUUGGCUAUUGGUUGCAGUUAACAGGUGUUGCCAUGUCAUGCCUCAUUUCGGGAUUUUUUUGUUUCAGUCAUUAGAUGCUACACUGUAUUUAAUUCAAUCUGUUGCUGAAUAUGUUGAACCAAAUGAAGAAAGUUUCAUCCCUGCUAUUCUUUCCUUGUUACCAAGACUACCUGCUCACUCAUAUGUCUCUCAGACGGCACUGCUGAUGGUCGGUAUGUGUGUCACAAACCAGUUGGCAACCUUGGUUGACAUCGAGAAAUACUGUGAAUUUCCAGAGUUACGCAAGUUGACAGGAAUGUACGGAAUGGUUGAUGAGCAUUACCACACAGUGCUGUUAGUAUUUCAAAGAAUCACCACAUCGACAUUGCAGCUUUUACAGAAUAACUUGCGCGAUUAUCCAGACAUUCUUCAGUCGUUCAUGCAGUUUGUUAGUAGGGGCCUAAAAAGUAACCCUAAACUGUUAUUUGAUGGAGAAAGCCAUCACGUCAGCAUAUUUCAAUGCGGUCUAGCAGUCCUUGACGUACAAGAAAGUCACACUGUUAGAGCUGCCUGCACUUUCUUUUCCACGUUCAUUACUGCUUGUGACAGCCAAGAAGCAGCGAAGAAUACCUUGUCAGAGUAUGGUCCUUACCUUGUUAGUCAAGUUGUCAAGGGAAUAGCCGGUGGAGUACCUCGUCAAUGUACAGAUUACAUGGCGGAGAUUCUGUUCGCGUUAAACAGACACAACGUGACGCUAUUGUCACGCUGGAUGCAGGACGUCAUGCAAGUAGAAGGGUUUCCAUCCAGCCUUGUCACCUUAUCUCAUAAACAACAAUUCACCAGUGCUGUGCUUAGGGCGAGGGCUCAUCGCAGACGAGUCAAAGACUCCGUGAAAGAGUUUUCCUUGCAGUGUCGAGGACUUUACGGAACGGUUUAUGCCAGUUAACCAGUGGGCCACGUGUGAGCAUGCUCAGAAAACUGUUCAAAACACCUUUGCUGCGUGCGGGCUCAAAGAAAUAAUGUUGAGUGCGCAUGACCGAGAUGGCAUUCUUUCUCUUAUACUGAGGAUUUAAUAAGGCAAGGAGCGGUGCUCCGUGCGAUGAACAGUAGGCGAAUGUAGAAUUGUAUUUAUUGAAUUGUUACAUUGUAGUAGUGUUCCAGGCCACGCUUAAGGUCACACCUAGGUAAUGUUCUAAUCAAAUUAGUGUCACACCAUGUUAACGUGCUGGAUCACGCCAGUGUCACGUCAUGUGAAGCCAAACAAGUGUUACGCUAGUGUCACGCCUUAUCAAAGAGGUUAGGCCAGGCUUGUUUUGGUGAUUCUUGUCUGCUUUUUUAAUUACGAUUUUCUAAUUUAAGAUUAAUGCAACAGUAAAAUAUUUGCUAAAUCACGAAAUUUAAACUACAUAACAAGGAACUUCGUAUAAUUAUGCACAGCGUUUUCUUACAUGUAAACUUAAUUUAAAUCAGUCGGCAAAACCUAGAAAUGAGUUUGCGAACCUUUUUAGUUUUUGAUUGCAAUAUAACCCUAAUACUAAUACUAAACGAUGGUUUAGCCUUUUUUUGUCCAGUCGAGAAUAAUUACAAUAGGAAAAGUGUUUCUUUCGUCUUCUGAAGCUUGUCACAUGAAGCUCGGUCUCUCUUGGAUAGGCUGCUGUCCUGUUAUUUACCCAGUUUUGGUAAAACCGGGAAAUUUAACCCCGCGAGAGCGAGCCUGAGACUGGAGCGAGAGGCUCUUUGUCUCGCCCCAAUCUUUACCCGUCCCAAACCCUCUCCCCAUGCCUCAAGAUAAUUUCGAGAGGGACUGGAACCGCCCAUCCUGUUACUAGCAUACCGUGACAGUUUGAAUAAUCCAUUUAACUAUUUACUUCAGUAUCAAGACGGAAAGGUCAUUUUUCAAAGUUUGCGAAUGAUGUGUAUUCAUUACGAAUACUCUAUAACUUAUGCUACCUGCGUUUUGUAUUGUUUUUAAAUUGAUUGUAGAAUUUGUAAUAUGUGUGACAGCGUGACCUUGAUAAGAACAAGAUUGUAAGUUAAGAGAGAGUGUUAUUUAAGAUAAAAUAAAAUAAAUAUGGACACCUAGAGAAA